UCUCCCUCCAACAUAACUGUCACUCCGUCGUCUCCGCCGCUCUCUCUACAUUUCAAUUCCUCUUUCUUCUUCUCAUCCCUCCUUCACUAUUAACCUUCUCCAAUGGAAAAUCCCCUACCGGUGGCCCUCGAUUUGCCUCGGAUGGCACGGGAUAUCGCCGACUCCGAUUUCCCCAAUCACUACAUCCAAACCGAUUUCGAUUCAAAAGUUGCACCCAAAACCGACGCAAUCAAUGCGAAUUCACCUAACCCUUCCGACGAUCGAUCGGAUUGUCACCUGAAAGGAACGAUCAUCUCGCCGCACUCGCUGCUUCCGAAGCCGGAGGCGCCGCCGGGGCUGCUGGAGAGGUCGCUCUCCUUGCCGGAGACGUUCGAUUCCUCGGCCUCCGCCAUCGGGAAAUUCUUCCGGGAGAAGAGCAACAGCGUGUCGGAGGCGCUGAAGCGCAUAUCGUCGCUCACGAAGGACGAAGACGAUGAAGAAAGUCUCCUGGUGAAGGAGUUCAAUCUGGUCGGAGUUAAGGUGGUGAAGACGUUGAAGCAGGGGACGAAGGAGCUGAAGGGGAGAAUUAGCUUCUUCUCGCGGUCGAACUGCCGCGAUUGCACCGCCGUGCGAUUGUUCCUGCGGGAGAGGAAUCUGGCUUACGUGGAGAUCAACAUCGACGUGUACCCUGGGAGAGGGAAGGAGUUAAGAGAGAGGACCGGCGGCGCCUCCGUGCCGCAGUUGUUCUUCAAUGAGAAAUUGAUCGGAGGACUGGUGGCGCUGAACUCGCUGCGGAACAGCGGGAUGCUGGAGGGGAAAAUGGAGGAGAUUUUGGGGACGAAGUGCCCCGAGGACGCCCCGGCGCCGCCGGUGUACGGAUUCGAUGAGGAAGGAGAGGUUGUGGUGAUGGAUGAGAUGGCGGAGAUUGUGAGGGUUGUGCGGCAGAGAGUUCCGAUCCAGGACCGCAUAACGAAGAUGAAAUUCGUGAAGAAUUGCUUCUCCGGCGCGGAGCUCGUGGAGGAGCUCAUCCACCAAUUGGAUUGCGGCCGGAAAAAGGCCGUUGAGAUAGGGAAACAGCUUGCAAGAAGGCAUUUUAUUCAUCAUGUCUUCGGUGAUAAUGAAUUCGAGGAUGGAAAUCACUUCUAUCGAUUCCUAGAGCACGAGCCCUUCAUACCAAAAUGUUACAACUUCAGAGGAGUGGUGAAUGAUUCCGAGCCCAAGGAUGCGGCUGCAGUGAGUCGAAGGCUCACCUGUAUAAUGUCGGCCAUACUCGAGUCCUACGCCUCUGAUGACCGACUCUAUCUUGAUUACCUUGGAAUCAGCAACAGCGAAGAGUUCCGGAGAUAUAUAAAUGUGGUGGAGGAGCUACAGAGAGUAGACCUCCUCACUCUUUCACAAGAUGAGAAGCUGGCUUUCUUUUUGAAUCUGCACAAUAGUAUGGCCAUCCAUGCUGUUAUCAGAAUCGGUCACCCCGGAGGAAUGAUUGAUAGGAGGCCCUUCUUUUCUGAUUUCAUGUAUGUAAUUGGGGGCCACCCGUACUCUUUGAAUUCUAUUAGAAAUGGCAUUCUCAGAGGCAACCGGAGACCACCAUUCUCGUUAAUAAAGCCCUUCAGCAAAGGCGACAAACGCCUUGAGUUGAGUUUUGACAAAGUGAAUCAAUUGAUCCAUUUUGGGAUGUGGAAUGCCACAAGAGGAAGCCCAUCAAUCAGAUUCUUCAAAUGCCAGGGUAUCGAAUCUGAACUGAAGAACGCUGCAAGGGAAUAUUUCCAGAGGGAGGACGGCAUGCAGGUGGACCUAGCCAAGAGGACGGUCUACCUCCCACGUAUUUUCAAGUGGUACAGUGCUGAUUUUGGUGAAGAAAAAGAUAUCCCGAAUUGGAUCAUCAACUACUUGGAUGCGAGUAAGGCAGGCCUUUUGACACACCUCAUUAGUGAUGGGGGGUCUGUCAAUAUAGCCUACCAGGAUUAUGACUGGUCUCUGAACCUCUGAUCAAGCCAUGAUGAGCAGCGACAAGAUUUUGAUCGAUGAUAUAUAUAUAUAUAUAUAUAUAUAUAUAUAUAUAUAUGUAUUAUGUGUGAUUGACUGCAUUGCAUGAUGGAUGUGGGAGUGGUGUACAUGGUUUAGAGUUUUGGUGUGUUGGGUUUGAUACAAAAAUGAAAGAGUCCUAAUGAGUUUAUUAUAGAUGCUAGCUUCACCGUUCCGAGGUUUCAUGAAAAUCUGCCAUGAACCAGGAUUUUGGUUACAUAUUGUGUUUUAUAGAGAAUAUUUAUUCACCUUGAACAAGUUCAACUUCUUCAAUAGAUGGAUGAUUGCAUUUCUGCUAA